UAUUUGAGGCCGUUUAGGGUUUCCUUGAGUUUUUCGAUAACUUCUACAACUCAUUUAAAAUACACAGUAACUGAACGGAGUUCAUACAAAUAUCGCAGAACAUUCAGUUGGAGAUUUCUACUGCAAGUGACAGUGCUCCCGCCUUACCUCAAAGCAUUUUGUAUAUGCCUAUAGAUUUCCCGAUCCUGCCGUGCGUACAUGAUCAUGUCACAAUUAGUUUAGCAUCUCUCCUUAACAUAUAUGCAGCUUAAUACAUAUUUUUUUAUGAAACGUAACUAUGCUAAAUUGAUAUGGCAGCUACAUCUGCUCCAAAUCUGAAUUUGACACCCCUCGCUUUCGUCCUGCCUGCAUCAAUGUGUUGUGAUCCUGGUUUUAUGCUAUUUUUUGGCUUUUGCAUGCUAAGUGUAUAUUAAGAUAAUAAAAGUAAUGCAAGUUAUUGUCGCCAGCCCAGGCACACAAGGGCCAUUGAUAAGUGUGUUCUUUGGGGUGCUGUAUUGUAUUGCCACACCAGUAUAGACUGUGGCAUGUAUAUACAGAUUUCCCUUUACACUGUACUGACUGUUUUCUGAUUGCACGGUUGUGUACUUCUUUGUUACUAACAUUUUUUCUAUCUUUUUUCUUUCUCUGUCCCUAUUGCAUACACAUUCUCACUCUUUAUUUUCUACAAUACUGCAUUUUUAUACACGCCAUAUUCACCUGCUUCUGCCGGUGUUGUUGGAGUAGCUCAGUCCCCCAUCAUCACAGUCACCCAUUCACUGCAGUCAUACCAUUUCAGCAAACCUACCAUCCAUCCCUGAGAUGGACUUCCCUUCAGAUAUGUCAGAUGACGAUGCAGCGGAGGAGCCCCAUGCAAUAUCCUCUAGUGGUGAUGGCAUACAUUUCAGAGAGUGUACUACCAAGGAAGUGGCACCAAUCCACAAUGACUUGCUUACAAAAUUUCUGGAGUCUACCACUGAUGCAGGCAGCCAUUUUUCCCCUCUAGCAGUGUGCAAUGGCCACCUGUCUUUAAAGUACAAGACAGUGGAAUGUGGCUUUUUUUCCUUCAGCUCUUGCAAAAUGUUCCCCUUUAAGUUCCCUUCCCUGCUGGAUGAGGAUGGGUACCUUAGUUUCCCCAGUCUCCCAGACGUGUGUGUGUCUUUUCUGCCAUCAAGUCUACAGCGCUAUGUUUGUCUUAGCUCGCCUUCCUUCAUCCCAUCUCUUGUCCUCAUCUUCGUGCUGCUCCUUUCAGCCUCUCGGUCUGUCCCAUUUUCAUUGGUCCUUUCCCUUCCUCUUGCGCUGUCUCUUUGCUACCUGGAGCCUAAAGCGAAUCCAUUGGGCUCUUUGUAUGACCCUGACCUGAAUGAGAAAGCAGGGGAAGAGGUGUGUAACACUAUUCUAGCUGCCACUUGCACCUAGUUUUCACAUCUGUCUCUUUUCACACAUUUCAUAGGCAAAUAUAUAAACCAUGAAAUGGAAGGGCAUUUAGUAUUUUAUUUUGUGUUCUCUAUGCACACUGGAAGCUGUUUUCCACCAAGGCAUCUGUCAGCAGAUUUGUACCUAUGACACUGGCUGACCUGUUACAUGUGCA